AUGCACUCAAUCAGUCUAAUCCUUCAAACCCUUGCGGUAGUACUUUUAUUGCCUUUUACUAUGGCUGCUCCUGCACCUGAUUCGAUUUUCUUACAACAAUCAUCCACCUUUAAACCACUUGGAUGUUCAACGACUUUCCACCCUACAUCAAUCUUACGUCAAGUACCUUCACCUUUUGCUUGUUUCUCAAGAUGUUCAGAUAAACAAGUAGCCGCUUACUCACAACUACAAUCUGGUGUUUUAUGCGCUUGUGGUGGUGAAGAUAUGUUGGAAGAUGUAGGUCAAGAUAGAUGUAGAGAUAAUACUUGGUAUUUAUUCUCAAACGGUGAAUUAGAAUCUACGUCUACUUCUACUUCAGAUUUAACAAUUCAGGAAACAGCAUCUUCCUCUCUCAAGAAGAGAGAUAGAUUAAUGCCUUUCAUGUUGAUGAGGAAAAAGGCAAUUGAGAAACAAAAAAAAUCUCAAUAA